UCGUCACAUGAUCAGCUGAUGACUCCUUCCCUCUGAUGGAUGCAGGAUUUCCAGCCUUCACCGCUUCGAAGGGCUCGCAGGAAUCAAUUUCUCUUCAAAUUACAAUCAUCUAACAGAAAAUAACAUCACAGUAGCUUUAGGUGUGUUCGCGGGAAAACCUUUAGAUAGCAAAACUGGCUCUGCUGUUGGAGUGGAUGAUGAACGGGCACGCAGUUUUAUACACCGGGGUCACUUUGGCCUUCUGGACGACCAUCCUGAUCGUCGGUAUUUGCUAUACGAUAUUUGACCUUGGGUUUCGAUUUGAUGUAGCAUGGUUUUUAACAGAGACUUCUCCAUUUAUGUGGGCUAAUCUUGGAAUUGGCCUGGCCAUCUCUCUCUCUGUUGUUGGAGCUGCAUGGGGGAUUUAUAUCACUGGAUCCAGCAUCAUUGGUGGUGGAGUCAAAGCCCCUAGAAUCAAGACCAAAAAUCUUGUCAGCAUUAUCUUUUGUGAAGCUGUUGCCAUUUAUGGGAUCAUCAUGGCAAUUGUCAUUAGCAAUUUAGCAGAGAACUUCUCUGGUACGACUCCAGAGACUAUUGGUGCAAAGAACUACCAAGCAGGCUUCUCCAUGUUUGGUGCUGGACUCACUGUUGGCUUUUCAAACCUCUUCUGUGGCAUCUGUGUCGGCAUUGUGGGCAGUGGAGCUGCCCUCGCUGAUGCUCAGAAUGCCAGCCUCUUUGUCAAGAUCCUCAUUGUUGAAAUUUUCGGCAGUGCCAUUGGACUGUUUGGAGUGAUUGUAGCCAUCUUGCAGACAUCGAAAGUAAAAAUGGGAGAUUAGAUGACUACACAACCUACAGAUCAAAGAUGCUGUGUUCAACAGGAGGUGUAAAUACAUAGUAAAUUAUUUAAAUGUAUUUUCCUUUUGUGUCUGUUUUUAACCAUCAUUUCCUGAAGAUUGAAAUAUGUGCACCAAUUUGUCUUAAAAGAGUGCAUGAUGAUGUCAAAGGCAGAUCUUUGACGACUUUCACACUUAGUUUGGCAUCUCAUAAUUCUGAAAAGGAAAAUAUCACUUCAUGUUUUUGCCCAUACCUCCAUGAUGUAAUAUCAAAUUUAAGAAUUUAUAGAAUUGUUCUUUUUUUUUUAAUCAAAAGGUAUUUUAUUUAUUAAAAUGGCCUAAUAAUAUAAACGGUGAUUCUGCAUAUGGUGACAGAACAGACUGUCCAUAGACCCAGUGUUGGGGUCUGUUUGUAAUCAUCUCAAACUCCAAUAUAUAGUUUGCUGUGAUUGUUCUGUACAGUACAAGAAAAGUGAUACAUUGCAUUAGUGUGGUUCUUUGCAUUGGAUGGGUGUAAAUCGUGAUGUAUUCUUUGAUCACUGUAUGCAAGAAUGCUGUUGUAUUUGCGUGAUGACACCUGGUGUAUCCGGUGUGCUUGACCUGAUCUCACUUUCACUUGUUGUGUUCUUUCAUGUAGCUACUGAAUUCAAGUAAAUGCUAUCUUUGAGAAUACCGUUAUACCAAAACUAUGAUGUUAAAAAAAGAAUAAUACCAGUCAUCUCCAGUUGUAUUUCUACCAGUGUAGACUAGACCCACACUUUGUAGGGCUCUCUUUAGUCCUGGUUGGUUAAAAAUGAGAGGAUAUAAUAAUUUGGUGUGUGUAAAUAUUAAAAGCAGUUUGUUUUUUGUGAAGCAUGAGGGUGUUUGCCAUUCUGUAUUUCCUAGUUGUCUUGUAAUGAUUCUUAUUUAACUUUUUUUUUUUUGAAAAGCAAGAAGUGGUCUUUAUCUCCCAGGACACAGUGGUAAAGCUUGAUUCCACCAUGGGUUAAUAUUAAAUUCCACCAUAUAAAAGUUAAUAUUGACAAAAUUCAUAAUUGUGAAACCUUUUUUCUCAACUUUGAGCUUACAUCUCGCAAUUCUGGGUUUAUAUCUCAUUUCGAUUUUUUUCUUUUUCUCAGAAUUCAGUUUACAUCUUUUAAUUCUAUUUGUAUAUGUAGCAAUUGUGACUUUUGUUCUCAUAAUUGCAAGAAAAAGUCAGACUUGUGAGGUCUAAUUGUAAAUCCAAAUUGUGAGAAUGUACUUUUUUUUUUUUUUUUUUUAAACCCAUGGUGGGAUCAAGUUUCUAUAAGUUACUGUAAACGCUGAACAAUAUGUAAAAAUGUCUUUGCUGUUCACAUCAGUUAUUCCUGAAAACCAUCAUCUAAAAGCAAGUUCAUAGCAGAACAGCACUGCAAACAGUGCGAGCUGGACUUGAAUUGGCCACAGACCUGAGAUUCUGUAUUUAAACCAAUCAAAAUGAGGCUGUAGAUUUUACUGGAUAAUAAGAUCUCAUUUUCACAACCAGAGUUUCUGUUCUCUUGAAAUGUUUUUCGGAAGAUGUAUUUUCAGUGUUGCAUCGGCUGAAAUAUUUAAAGGUACAGUCCAUUUUGCCCUCACAGCCUCAUUUUCAUUCUUGUAAAAGUAAAUAAGGUGUUUUCCCUUUACUAAGGUUAUCUAUCAAACUUGUAAGAUCCGUUGGCAUUCCUUUAGCUCUACUGAAAUACUCUACUAUCUAUAAUGUUUUUGUGAAGUGGAGGUACAUACGAAACAUGAUUUUACUAACUCCUGAAUGUCCAGAAUCAACUUCUGUUAAGUGUCUGUUGAUAUGGUUUAUAUUAUAGGAAUGAUCAAUCAAAUCACAUACUCCAUCUGUAAAGCACUAUGGUCUUGUGAUUCAUUUCCAGUCUAGUGACCAUGAUCAUCUGUUUUCUUGCAAUGGAUCUGUGUAGAGAUUUUUCUUUCUUUUUUUUUGUCACAUGGAUAAGUGUUAAUUUGAAAACAUUCCAGCUUGGAUCCCACUGUGAGGCUGCUUUAAGUCUCAUAAUUGUGGAGCUUCCAGGACCUGGAUCAGCUGUCUGUGGUUUAGUGGUUCAGGAGUUGUGCGGGAAAGAUGAACUCUUAACCAUUUCUUCUGUUUCAGUGAUUGUUAAAUAUGUUAAUGUGGUGAUUCCAUUGUUUUGAUGUAUACAAGUGAAUCCUCUAGACUUAAUAAUUGUCCUUGUAGAAAUAAAAAGAAAUGUGAAAAACGAA